AAAAAAAAAAAGAAAAAAACUUGCCUAUAUAACUAACCCAUAUACGUAGACCUGACCACUACAAGGAGUAAAACCAAGAAGAGGGAGAAAGAACCCUUUGAGAUCGAAUCGCAUUGGCUGUUUUCCCAUCCACUCUACGAAAAAUGAGUGAUUACACAAAUGGAGAUGAAGCUUUUGAGCAAGAAGAAGCACCUCCAAGUAGACCUGCUCCCCGUCUGAAUGAGAGGAUUCUUUCCUCUUUGUCAAGGCGGUCUGUUGCUGCUCAUCCUUGGCAUGAUCUUGAGAUUGGGCCUGGCGCUCCACAAAUCGUCAACGUUGUUGUGGAGAUACCAAGAGGAAGUAAAGUGAAAUAUGAACUGGACAAGAGAACUGGUCUGAUUAAGGUUGAUCGUGUGUUAUAUUCAUCGGUUGUCUAUCCUCAUAACUAUGGUUUCAUUCCUCGUACAUUGUGUGAGGAUAAUGACCCAAUGGACGUCUUAGUUCUCAUGCAGGAACCAGUUGUUCCGGGUUGUUUUCUUCGUGCCAGGACCAUUGGACUGAUGCCCAUGAUUGAUCAGGGAGAAAAGGAUGACAAAAUCAUCGCAGUGUGUGCUGAUGAUCCAGAGUACCGCCACUACACCGACAUCACACAGCUUGCACCUCAUCGACUGGCUGAGAUCCGUCGUUUUUUUGAAGAUUAUAAGAAGAACGAGAACAAAGAGGUUGCAGUCAAUGAUUUUCUGCCUCCAACCACUGCUCAUGAAGCCAUCCAGUACUCCAUGGACCUUUAUGCUGAGUACAUCCUACGGACCUUGAGGAGAUAAACUGGAUGGAAAAUUCUCCUUAAUAAAGUACUCUGUUAUCUCUAAUCAUACUUGUGUCAAGGGAGAAGGGAGAGGUUGGAUCAGAUCUAAUCAUCGAAGAUUCUCCGUCGUCUGGUAGAGAAGGGAGACGGCCCUGGGAACUGGACUGUGACUCUUUCUAUUACAAGAUUUUGUACUUUGUUUCAAUAAUAAUUGCUAGUUUUUGCUUCAGACAAGAAUUUUACCAUUUGUAAGGAUAUGUUUGAAACAUCUUUAUCCUACAUUGUUCGAUUUAAAUUGAGAUAUGCAAUACUUAAGCAGAGCUUCUUCGUCAUCA